AUGGCGGGUAAUGCUUCAGGAUAUGAUCUCUCAGUGGCAACUUUCUCCCCGGAUGGGCGUGUAUUUCAAGUAGAGUAUGCUGGUAAAGCUGUAGACUCAAGUCCAACCGUGGCAGCGGCUAUUUGCAGUGAUGGAAUCGUUUUUGUCGCAGAUUCAUAUCCAAACUCCAAAACCCUAGCCAAUUGUCCAUGGAGAAUCUUUUCUGUGGGUGAAAAUAUUGGUAUGUUAGUCGCAGGAUACCUUCCUGAUGGUAAAGAACUUGUUAGAAGGGCGCGGUCGGAAUAUAUUGCCUACAAGAAGCACUAUGGUUUAGACAUACCCAUCAAGAUAUUAGUGGAGAGAUUAGCUUUAUAUGUUCAUGCCUACACUGUAUAUUGGCAUGUUAGACCUUUUGGCUCUUCCUUUUUGUUGGCAGGAAAGGAUUUAUCUGGAUUACAACUUUACAGUGUGGACUUGAGCGGGGCCUUUUACAAGUACCAGGGUACUUCCCUGGGUAAGGGCAAACAAAACGUCAAAAGUGAACUAGAAAAAUUGGAUUUAUCUUCAAUUUGCUGCAAGGAGUUAUCGAUUGAAUUAUGUCGCAUGAUUAUUCAAUCGAGGGAGGAGACUAGGGAUAAUCCCAAAAUCCAACUCGCUUGGAUAAAGGAAAAUGACUUUGAGUAUUUGUCUCAGGAACUGAUUGACGAGGCUACAGAAGCUGCUCAAGCUACCAUUGAUAUGGCUGAAGACUGA